AUCACAGGGAGUCAAAAGCCUUCUGAGCUGAACUGAACCCAAAACCCGACCGCUGAGGGUUGGAUUUCUCGGUGGGUUCGGUGCAAAACCCUAACACAGCCCCUCACAGACCCCUGCACCGGCCCCAACCAUGGCGCGGUUCUCCCGUUCCUCCGGCUCCCGCCUCCUAUACUCUCUCACCACCGCCUCAUCCUCCUCCGCCGCCGCCGCCCCCUCGCGGCUCCACGGUCCCCAGUCGACCUUAGCCUCACUCCUCCUCCUCGGCGGCCGCUGCCGCCAUUUCUCGUCGGGGAACCUCGCGCGGGCCAAGGAGGACAAGGAGCCGUGGUGGAAGGAGUCCAUGGGACGUCUCCGGAACAUUGGUAUCUCCGCCCACAUCGACUCCGGGAAGACUACUCUUACCGAGCGGAUCCUGUUCUACACGGGGAGGAUCCACGAGAUUCAUGAGGUCAGGGGGAAGGACGGGGUCGGCGCAAAGAUGGACUCCAUGGAUUUGGAGCGAGAGAAGGGGAUUACGAUUCAGUCCGCCGCCACUUAUUGCACUUGGAACGGCUACCAGGUUAACAUUAUUGACACGCCUGGACACGUUGAUUUCACCAUUGAAGUUGAGAGGGCUUUGCGUGUUCUUGAUGGUGCCAUUCUCGUCCUAUGUAGUGUUGGCGGUGUACAAAGUCAAUCUAUUACUGUUGACCGCCAGAUGAGAAGAUAUGAGGUCCCAAGACUUGCAUUUAUUAAUAAACUUGAUCGAAUGGGAGCUGAUCCUUGGAAAGUUCUGAACCAGGCAAGGGCUAAACUGCGACACCAUAGUGCUGCGGUGCAAGCUCCAAUAGGUCUGGAAGAGGAGUUCCAGGGUCUUGUUGAUCUUGUUAAGAUGAAAGCUUAUUAUUUUCGGGGUUCUAAUGGUGAAAAGGUUGUCUCAGAAGAAGUACCUGCUAAUAUGGAGGACUUGGUAGCUGAAAAGAGGCGAGAACUGAUUGAAGUGGUCUCAGAAGUUGAUGAUAAACUUGCAGAAGCAUUCCUCAAUGAUGAGCCAAUAACUCCUACUGAUUUGGAGGAAGCAAUCCGCAGGGCUACCAUAGCUCGGAAAUUUGUGCCUGUAUUUAUGGGUAGCGCAUUCAAGAACAAGGGAGUACAGCCACUUCUGGAUGGUGUUCUUGACUAUUUGCCUUGCCCAACUGAAGUCAGGAACUAUGCUCUUGAUCAAAACAAGAAGGAAGAAAAGGUUGCGUUGUCUGGAACACCCAAUGGGCCUCUUGUUGCAUUGGCCUUUAAGCUUGAGGAAGGGCGCUUUGGUCAGUUAACAUUUUUGAGAAUAUAUGAGGGUGUAAUACGCAAGGGUGAUUUCAUUAUCAAUGUGAACACUGGGAAGAAGCUUAAGGUUCCCCGCCUUGUACGGAUGCAUUCUGAUGAAAUGGAGGACAUUCAAGAGGCACAUGCUGGACAAAUCGUGGCAGUUUUUGGUGUUGACUGUGCUUCAGGUGAUACAUUUACUGAUGGGUCAGUUAGAUACACCAUGACUUCUAUGAAUGUUCCCGAACCAGUGAUGUCGUUAGCUGUCUCACCAGUUUCAAAAGAUUCUGGAGGACAAUUUUCCAAAGCCUUGAAUCGUUUUCAGAAGGAAGACCCGACCUUCCGUGUUGGAUUGGAUCCUGAGAGUGGACAGACCAUUAUUUCCGGUAUGGGAGAGUUGCAUCUCGACAUAUAUGUUGAACGAAUUCGGAGAGAAUACAAGGUUGACGCAACUGUUGGAAAGCCUCGUGUGAACUUCAGGGAGACUGUUACUCAUCGUGCUGAGUUUGAUUACCUUCAUAAGAAGCAAACUGGUGGACAGGGUCAAUAUGGAAGGGUGUGCGGGUACGUCGAACCCCUUCCAGCUGGAUCACCCGUUAAGUUUGAAUUCGAGAACAUGAUCGUGGGACAGGCUAUACCUUCCGGAUUUAUUCCAGCGAUUGAGAAGGGAUUUAGAGAAGCUGCAAACUCGGGCUCCUUAAUUGGUCACCCGGUUGAAAAUAUACGCGUCGUUCUCACCGAUGGUGCCUCACAUGCUGUUGAUUCCAGCGAGUUGGCCUUCAAAUUAGCAGCUAUAUAUGCUUUCAGACAGUGUUACUCUGCUGCGAGACCUGUGAUAUUGGAGCCUAUCAUGCUGGUGGAGCUGAAAGUACCGACGGAAUUUCAGGGUACUGUUGCCGGUGAUAUCAACAAGAGGAAAGGUGUUAUCGUUGGAAAUGAUCAGGACGGAGACGACUCUGUGAUCACUGCUCAUGUCCCGUUGAAUAAUAUGUUUGGGUAUUCUACUUCUCUCCGUUCAAUGACACAGGGCAAGGGAGAAUUCACGAUGGAGUACAAAGAGCACGCACCGGUCUCUCAGGAUGUCCAGAUGCAACUGGUGAACUCACACAAGGCAAGUAAGGGCGCCGAAUAGCCUGGUAUUCUGUUUCUCUCACCGUGAUCUCCUCUGGGAAGAAUCGAUCGUUUUUUUUUUAACUUUUUUGGUCUUAAGUUAUAGUGAUAGUUAUUCAAUUAGCACAAAAGCAAUGGCAUUUGUUUGAGAAAGCUUGAUCCACGCAUGUGAUCAAUGAAAUUUUGGGAAGUGUACAUCAAAUAAUGUUCGGCAUGGAAUGUGUGACAAAGAGAAGGUUGAAUGUAGACCAAUGAAUAAGUGGUAUAGUAUUCUGUACUCAUUGGUUUCUUUGUACUUUCAACGCUGGCCUUGACAUUGUAAUUUAGUCUUUAGAUUAUACAUUAGCAUCGGUUUUCUUCAUUUACGUAUCGGGUUCUUCAGCUGGUGAGGCUUUCAAGACAUUAGGAGACAUCUUUGAAUUGUCAAGUUAGUGUAUCUUUUAUCCGUUGAACAACA